AGAAUCUACAUCAAAAUAAUGCAAAUGGCGAGAUAAGUUUAAGACUGCUUAAUUAAAAAGUUUUUUUAAAAAUAAAAAUUAAAUUUUUUAGCUUAAAUGCACGCUGAAAAUAAUGUGACGUCGACUGUGUGCGAUGGCGAGCAAAGAAGGAACCGGCCAUCAGCAGCAGUUCGUUGAAGAAAUUGAUUUUAAAGAAAUUGAAAGACAAGAGAUUGUAGGAAAAGGAUCUUUUGGAGUAGUUUGGAAAGGAAAAUGGCGUGGACAAUAUGUUGCAGUGAAGCUUAUAAACUCGGAAGGUGAAAAGAAGGCAUUUACAGUUGAAGUAAGACAACUUUCAAGAGUAGCUCAUCCUAAUAUUGUUAAACUCUAUGGAGCUUGUACGAAAAAUCCCGUUUGUCUGGUAAUGGAAUAUGCAGAAGGUGGAUCAUUAUAUAAUGUUCUUCAUUGCGAACCACAACCUCAUUAUACAGUGGGACAUGCCAUGAGUUGGGCCCUACAAUGUGCUCGUGGUGUUGCAUAUCUUCACAAUAUGAAACCAAAACCGCUUAUUCAUAGGGAUUUGAAACCUCCAAAUCUUCUUUUAAUCAUGGGAGGUCAAACGUUGAAAAUCUGUGAUUUUGGAACAGCUUGCGAUUUAAAAUCUUAUAUGACAAAUAAUAAAGGCUCAGCAGCAUGGAUGGCACCUGAAGUAUUUGAAGGUUCUCGCUACACAGAGAAAUGUGAUGUUUUUAGUUGGGGUAUCAUUCUCUGGGAGGUGUUGUCAAGGAGGAAACCUUUUGACGAUAUUGGAGGUUCUGCCUAUAGAAUAAUGUGGGCAGUUCACAUUGGACAGAGACCUGCUUUACUGGAAUCGUGUCCAAAACCAAUAGAAAGGCUAAUGACAAGAUGUUGGAGUAAAAUACCAGAUGAGCGACCUUCAAUGGUUGAAGUGGUUAGAAUUAUGACUGCAUUGUCAGAAAUGUUCAGUGGAGAAUUAGGACCUGUAGAAUAUUCUUUAAGCAGUGAAGGGGACAUGGAUGAUGAUGACGAUGACGAGGAUGCACGUAGUGAUACGUUAGAUACUUUAGAUAUGCCGAGUACUUUAAAUUCUCUGAUUAACUGUUCCGUUGAAAAUGGAUUGGAUAAAACUCCAGUGCCAACUGAAUUGAAUGAUGAGAUGAAUGGUAAUCCAUUGCAAAAAUUAGAUUUAAACGAUAUUCCAGUUCAAAUGCAAGGCAGACUCGAAUUUACUAAUGAUGAUUCGUGGAGAAAUGUUAUUCAAAAAAAUCCAGAAUCUCAAGUUUUAACACCAAAUUCUCUAUCAUUUAAUCAAUCAUCAAAUAUUGCUCCCUUAAAAGUGGAAUGUGAUCCGAACGCUUGGGAGCUUGGAAAUUCUUUGGAUUCUUCGUGGGAAAUUCGAAACAUGGCCGGCUUGGAUAAAAUGGCGCCAAAAUCAAAGAAAAACUUACAGGGUAGCAGUACGAUGAAUGAGGAUUUGGACAAUGUUUAUCGUUUAUUGGACACUGAACAGAGACCUCGUACUCCUGAUCACACGUGUCCGCAGUCUAGAGAGAUCUUUGAGGAACACAAACAGCUGGCACAAGAGUAUCUCAAAGUGCAAACAGAAAUUGCACUUUUGAGCCAACAAAAAAAUGCCUUACUAAAGAAUCUCAGCAUUGAAGAUCGCAAACAAAAAGAAGAACUUCUUGGAUUGGAGAAAGAAAAGGAAUCUUUGCGGAAACUCUAUCAAACUUUUAAACAUCAAUUGGAAAUGAAAAAAAAUCAACGAAGUAACACGCAGAGAACACCUGCGAUACCUUCAAUAGGACCUGUAGUUUCUGGAGAAGAUGGUUGGAUUGUCGUCUCCCGACAGGAUCCUUCGAGGAUGUCUUAAUAUUCUCCAAGUUCAGAUAUUUUUAAUAAGUGUCUUAAUUAGCCCAACUCAUAGUUCUAGGGUGUGAUUCGUAAGUCUGUGAUGUCAGAUUAAAUUUUUUUCUAAAUACCUUUAAAAAAACAACUUUCAGCAAAGUAAUAUUUUUUUUUUUUUUUGCUGUUACUUUGCUGAUGGUAAUAUUUUCUAAUAAACAAAGAUGCACUGAUAAUUGCUUUAGAAACUCAAAAGUAGAGAAAAAAACCGAUUUUACUUAUUAAAGAGACUGAUUAUAUAUAUCAUAUAUAAUGCAUCUUAAAAGGAUAAUAAAAUAAAUUCAUAAAUAUGACGAUCUCAAAUUGAGAAGGAAAUUUAAAUUAAAGUAUUUGUCAAUCUAAUUCUUUAUUUUCAAUGACAAUUUUGGCAACAAAUAUUAUAAACACUAAAAGAAAAUGCUUCCAUUUAGUUUAUUUACAACAUGUUGCAAAACAUGUUUAUCAAUCGUUUUCCUUAAUUGUAGAAAAUUGAUUUAAAAUUUACUGAAAGUGAAAAAAAAAUAAGUGAAACAUAUUAGAUAUAUUCUAAUAUUUUAAUUUUUCUACGAAUUAUCAAAGUCCGUUCAGCUUAAUCUAUAUACUCAUUUUUGUAGAAUUAAGAAUUUUUAUUUUUAAUUCAAACAAAAUAUUUCGUAUAACUUACAGUUUAAAAAUCAAUGCUAGUCAGUAAAUUAUUAAAAUAUGAAUAUUAAUAUUAAGGAAGAAUUUACACCUCCAGGUGAAUUAUUUAUCUCAAAAAUCACUGACUAAUUUAACAAAUUCGUGAUGGGAAAAAUUAUCAACCAUUUCUAUUUUACAUUUUAAAUGUUAAUUAAUAAGACAAUGAACUUUUUAAAUUUAAAAUAACGAGUACGAUUUUAAUAUUGAAAGUUACUUUAAAAAUUAAUAUCUGAAGAAUGUGAUUUUAAUUAAAUUAUAAUAAGAUAAAAAAAACAGAGUGAAUGAAAAUGUAUAAUAGAUAGUGCAUGUAGUAAUUAAUUAUUAAUCUGUAAAAUGCCUUUUAAUGAAUGAAUGAAUUAGUGUUUUAAUUGAAUGAAUAAUGGUUGUGAGGUAAUACAAAAAAAUGAAAUAAUUAUUUUAUUCUCACCUUCGGAUUUUUUGAUCGAGAUUUCCUUUUGAUUUCUUUAUUUUUAAUUAUUAUAGAAAUUGAGAAUUAAGUUAAUUGUUUAUUUCAUUAAAAAAAUUUAUUGAGAUUUAUGGUUAUUGAUGCUGACAUUGACUCAUCGGUGAGUCUGGCGCUCAACACUCCUUAAUUUAUUAAAUUGAAUUAAUUUUUGUUAGAGUAAAUUAAUUAGGUCCCUUUUCGAUCAAAAAUCCGAAGGUGAGAAUAAAAUAAUUAUUUAACUUUUUUUUUAUUACCUCACAUGGUUAAGAAGUGAAUGUGAUUUUUAAUUGAUUUUACUCGAUAAAUAAUAAGGCAUUCCAUGUGAAAUUUGCAUUUAAAAAAUAAUUUUUGAUUGGAAUAUGUUUUUUCAAAUUCUAUAUAAAAAAAGUUAGUGAAACGCUAAAUUACAAUUUUUGUUAUUCGAUGGGUAUUAUGGAACUUAUUGUUUCGAAAGUAUUUGCUACUUUUACUUUUGUUUACUUGUUAAUUUUUAAUAGAAAAUUUAAAAAAAAUAUUCCAAUCAAAAAUAGUUUUUGAAUGAAAUUUCCACAUAGAAUGUCCGUAUAUAGUUAAAAAUAUUGAAUUAUGCAUAAUAUUGACGUGUAAAUUGACAAAAUGAGAUAAAACUUUAUUGCUUAUAAAGUUUAAAAAAGUUGAAAUCAUUUUUAUAUUAAUUUAAUUUGACAAAAUUUUGCUUCAGAUAAUUUGUUUCAGAUAGAUAUUUUAAAGAUCUUUAUAAACUUUUAAAAAGGUUUGAAGCAUUUUUUAAUUAGGCAAAUAAUAAUUGUAUAUUAUUAUUACAUAAUUUUUCAAUAAAAUAUUUCAGUGAAUUGAUUUUAUAGUAUUUUGUCAAUCUCUGCAUCAAUAUAUUUUUUAAUUUAAUUGUAAAUAUUGAAUGCAAAAACGGUAAUUACUCGAAACACACGAAAAAAAAUGUAAAUUAAGAACUAUUCAUAAUAUUGUCAAGUAGAUUAAUUAAUUCACGUAAUCAUCUCUUUAUCAAUACUCCAUCAAUUAAUAAUUUACAUUAUUGUAAAUUUAAUUGUAAAUAUUUUACAUCAAAAGAAUAAACAUAAUGUGAGUUAA